ACCCAUGGCCAACAUAGCUUUUAGUCCAGAAUUACAAAAGAGUGAAAUGUGGUUUUGUGGUCCGAUUUGAUUCGGCUGUAUGGGCGGGGAGCGAAAGAGGAAGGGCUCGGAACGUUUGUGCUGCUCCACAGUGUGCCGGAGGAACUGUUUAUCAGUUGUAAGCCACGCGCAAGAUGGUUGACGUGGGCUGCGAGUUCGAGGAUUCAGUCUUCGAAGAGUUUCGGGUGAAGAAGGCGGUGCAGAAAUCGGAGUCAAGCGUUUACAAAGCGAGAUUCUGCGAGCCGGAGUGGUUUUGGGAUGACAUUUCUACCUUGGAUGAUGUGAAGAAACUGACUGCACUGAAGUUUCGAGGUGACCUGGCAUUUAAGCAUCAGGAUUAUCAGAAAGCACUAUGCGAAUAUACCAGUAGCUUGGCUCUUGUUCCAGACACAAAUAUAGCUCUUAGAAGAGACCUACAGGAGGCUCGAGCUCGAUGUCUAAGCUAUCUUGGCAGAGACGAAGAUGCCUUGGAUAUAGCACAAGAAUUGAGAUCUGAAGUGACAAACACAGACCACCUCACCACAGUUCUUAAUCUCAACAUUCAAAUUCAUCACAAUGCCGGAGAUCUGCUGCAGGAGCUUUACUGUUUACAACAGUUAAUUUCCUUGCAUCCGCUCAACCCAUGGUAUUGGAAGAAGUUAGCUGAAGCCUACCUUGGUCUCGCUCAAGGCUUAUCGUUGCCAACAGCACCAGUUGUCCCAGGCUGUGAGGGCAGGCACUGCCUUCGAACCUCACAGCGGUCGGCAGGAGAGGCAGAAUCCUUGCAAGGUGUAAGCAACAGAUCUCCCAUGUCAGAGACUUGGGAAGGGCAGUCGGUGUGCCCUGCAAGUGUGUCCACAGAAGAGGGUUCAGUUUCGAUGCUGACAAGAAGUAGAAAGCCACUGGAGCCAGUGAAUGGUUCAUCGUCCUGUUCAAUCAUUGCCGCUGACACGGAGUCCAACGUUGGAGGAGAGCUGCAACAUCUGUGGCUAUUUGCAUAUUCGUCCUUUGUGAGAGCAAGACUUCUGUUGCAGAUGAUGAAGCCUCAGCAGACGUCAUUUGUCCUGGAGAGGAGCGAGGCUGUGCAAGAAGAGAUCAGUCAGCAGCUCGGCAGGCUGUAUCGGAGUGAAGAGUUGCUGAAUGCCCUAACCAAGACAAUGGGGAAGGACCUCUGGUCAGAGAAGAUCAAGAAUGGUGCUGAUGCUGAAGGAUGUGCUGCUUUUCCCAGUUCGUCUGCUUUAUCCAACGCUAACGUUGAGACAGGCUCGGACUUUGAGGAAAGGUGGUUUAAGAAGACUCGCUGCAUUUCCAUACUGUGGUAGGAUGGGAAGGAAAAAGAAGAGCUUUGAAUAUUGCACAUGUGGCUUGAUCAUUGCCAAAGAAACUGUUUAUUGUGGACAGUUGCUGCUUUGAUAAGUUGAGCAAAAUGCAGAGCCCUCUUGGCCAGAAUGGUGAAGUAUAAAACAAAAUCACAGUCUUAUGGUGGAUUGAUCAUGGCCUUACUGAAGCAGUUGGAUUUCAGAAGUGGUAUACGAAACAAACUGAUUUGUACUUUACCUCUGCAGAAUUCAUUGAUAAAACACACAGUGAGUCCUGUCAGUGAUAUUGCUAGCAGUGUGUUCAGAAAACAGGCGUUUGUUACUGCAAGAUCUCUAAUACAAUCCAGUCACCGGCUGUGUGAAGAGUAAUCUUCUUGUACAGUGAUUUCAGCAACUGGAUUUAAGAUAUUCUAACAGCAUGAUUUUCUCCCCACAGUUUUAUUAUUGUUUAAUGCGAUCCUAAAUUUUCUGUAAAUGGAGGACAUGGGCAGAGGGAAUAAUUAAAGACAAGAG